CCUUCACUGUCCUACGUUGCGGUGAGUGACAGGACGCUUGCUGCUUAAGCAACAAGCUUAGCGCUGAUAGCUAAACGUACCUACCUCUUAAAUUAUUUUAGCACCACUGACAAAGAAGACGAAAUGGAGGUGCCGAUGGAUCCCUUGUUUCUUGCAUGGAGCUACUUUAGAAGACGGAAGUUCCAACCAUGUUCAGAUAUUUGUUCGAAGAUAUUAGAGGACAGUCCAUACGACCAGGAACCUGACUCCUCAUCACAUAUUUCUGAGGCUGCAUGGAGUCUGAAGACCCGUGCUCUGACAGAGAUGGUGUACAUUGAUGAGGUGGAGGUGGACCAGGAGGGGAUCGCUGAGAUGAUGCUGGAUGAAAGCUCCAUUGCCCAGGUUGCUCGCCCUGGUACAUCACUGAGGCGUCCUGAAACAAGUCAUGGAGGUGGACCUACUCCAGCUAUCAGGCCCAUGACCCAAUCGGGACGUCCAAUUACAGGGUUUGUGAGGCCCAGUACCCAGUCUGGCAGACCAGGGACAAUGGAACAGGCCAUUAAGACCCCACGCACGGCACACACUGCCCGCCCUGUCACUGGUGCAUCUGGGAGAUUUGUCCGGCUGGGAACAGCCUCCAUGUUAACCAAUCCUGAGGGGCCAUUUAUAAAUUUGUCAAGACUCAACUUGGCUAAAUAUGCCCAGAAGCCCAAUUUAUCCAAGACCUUGUUUGAGUACAUCUUCCAUCAUGAAAAUGAUGUAAAAAAUGCUUUAGACCUGGCUGCUCUGGCCACUGAGAAUGCUCAGUUCAAAGACUGGUGGUGGAAAGUCCAGCUGGGGAAGUGCUACUACAGACUUGGUUUACACCGGGAAUCAGAAAAACAGUUCCGAUCUGCUCUCAAUCAUCAGGAGGUGGUGGACACAUACCUCUAUCUGGCCAAGGUGUAUCAGCGGCUUGAUCAACCUAUAACUGCACUGAACCUCUUCAAGCAAGGUCUGGACCACUUCCCUGGGGAGGUCACUCUCUUAACGGGAAUUGCUCGCAUUCAUGAGGAGAUGAAUAACAUCACCUCAGCCACAGAGUACUACAAAGACGUGCUGAAGCAGGACAACACUCACGUUGAGGCUAUCGCCUGCAUAGGCAGCAAUCACUUUUACACGGACCAGCCUGAGAUCGCCUUGCGCUUUUACCGACGGCUGCUGCAGAUGGGGGUAUAUAAUUGCCAGCUGUACAACAACCUGGGAUUGUGCUGCUUUUAUGCCCAGCAGUAUGAUAUGACCCUCUCCUCCUUCGAGAGGGCUCUGGCCCUGGUGGCCAAUGAUGAGGAGCAGGCUGACGUCUGGUACAACAUUGGACACGUGGCCGUGGGAAUAGGAGACCUGACUCUGGCAUACCAGUGUUUUAAACUGGCCUUGGCCUUCAACAACGACCAUGCUGAGGCCUAUAAUAACCUGGCUGUGCUGGAGCUACGCAAGGGACACAUUGAGCAGUCCAAAGCUUUCCUCCAGACCGCUGCAUCAAUUGCCCCUCACAUGUAUGAGCCACACUUUAACUACUCCACUCUGUCAGACAAGAUUGGAGAUCUGCAGAGUAGCUACACGGCAGCCCAGAGGUCAGAGGAUGCCUUCCCUGAGCAUGUAGAUACCCAACAGAUCCUGAAACACCUGCGCCAGCACUUUGCUGUGCUGUGACCUACUGACCGACACACCUGACUUGACAGUCCAAACUUCCUGUGUGAUAAUUGACUUAGUUGUCGUAGAGUGCUGCUAUUGAACAACAGUGACUGGCCUCCUCAUGUUCUGGUUAGACAUCAUCACAAUCUACAGAAAAACAUUCUUCUGUUAGAUGAUGGUAUCCAGGCUAAAUGAUACAAAGGGCAAUUUGGCUUGGGCAACUCACUGCACAGCAAUUAUUAUUAAACAGUCAUUUACAACUGCCUGGCCUAAUGCAGGUCUUAUUAGUUGUAAUUGAAGUGUUUUAUUUGCAGCCAAGAUUGUUUCAACUGUUGGUUCACAUACAUGUGUAAUAGUAUUUAAGGUACUUUUAAGCACCGAUAGUGAAUGUACAUAAUAAUGUAUGAACAUGGAAGAAACACAUAUUUACUAUAGUACAUAUAUUUAUACUGCUAUAUUUUUUAUAGUGUAUUCAGAUGUAAACCUGGGAUGUAUUUUGGUAUUAACAUUACUCUUGUCAUCAUUUGUAGUCUGUCUUGUUUGCAAGGAGUAAACUAUAGAAAACAUUUUUUUUUAAGAUGCAGAACUAAUUAAGUUGUGUUUAACUUUACAGUAUGACAAUUUCUUUUAUCAGAUAAAAUGUUAUGUAAAACGUAGUUACAUUUGAUUCCAAUGCUUAUUAUUUUGAAUGUAUGUAUUUACUUAUUCAAAUUAUCGAAAUUUUACUGUAAUUUCUAAGCUUUCCUUUGAUUUUAUUUCACAUAUCCAUUUCAAUGGAUGUGUACACAGCAUCAUUCCAGGACUUUAUGGGAUUUAAUUUGGGAUGGAUGGCCGCACAGUCCUCCAUUCCAUAGUGGUCAUUGGGCUGUUUCAUGCCAGUACCUUUUAAACCAAAUGAAAUGUUACUUCCUCGACAUUCUGGUCUUAUCCGGAAUGAUAAUGGUACAGUGGAAACAUUAACCAAGUACCGCUUGACAUGUUGGUCUACACAAAUACAUAGAAGAUCAUGCAUGAUUA